AUGAUUCCUCGGCCACCUGGCCCAUCGGCCUGCGCGCUCGCCGAGUGGCUAAUUACUUUGGCCAGACUAUGUCUCAGCACCGAAUAUGAGGUGGGAAUGUCAUUUCACUUGUUGAUAGACUGGGGUCCCGUGAACCAUGCCUCAAGCAACUUGUAGCUCGCGACUAUCACCCCUCGCGAGAAUUUCGGCCCCGUCGAACGUGAAUGUACUGGUCGGGUCUCGUUGAAUUGUCCGCGACCUGAGAGUUGGCGUCAUUUCUCCGCACUGCUAGCGCGGUCUCAUUCAGAUGUGCAUUGCGCGCGAACCAGGCGGCAUGUGGCACGCACAGACGGACUUCCAGCUACUAUGUCCGAUCUCACCUCUAGUCUUCUUGACUCAGUCUUUUCACCGGGCUCAGGUUGUUGGGCGAAGAGAGAGUACGCUGGAUGCAGUGAAAUUCCUCUAUCACUAUAAACUAAUUCAUUUGCAAGUCCACGUCGUGCGCUCACCUUGCUCUGGGGCACACAGUGGACGUCGUCGUUGAUGACAACUGAACUGUCACCUAAGUCCUGGACGAGUUUAAUCUCAUAUCUCACCAAUUUAACUUGUUGUUUAACCUUUUAAAACGUUUCCAAACUCUCCUGGCAUGCGUUUUUCAGCCAAUCUGACCGUCUGCUUGAAUGCACAGAAGGAUCCAUGGUCUAGUGGAGAGGGUGAAAUGUCGGUCCAAUUUCGAAAUCCAUCAAAUCAAGUUGUUUACUGGUCAAGGAUCUGGAAACUCGACUGAUGCUGCUCUUUAUCUCUUUUUAGACUGAACACGAGGCAAAGUUGUUCUGGGGUGCGAAAAAGAGGCUAACCUCGUCCCUCUUAGCCAUCUUCCCGGCCGCCCUCACAGGUAAAAAGGUGUCAGUCACUCUUCUCGAUGACACCCUUGUUACUGGACGCCUCGCGAGCAUGGACGGUUUUCUGAAUUUGGAAUUGGACUCCGGUGUGACAGUUGUUUCCCCCAUGAAUGGCGUCGCUCCUCUGCAUGUUGAUGUAGGACUCUAGUCCUGCUGAAAUUGCUGUUCUUUUACUGUCAUUGCAUCUAACACAUUUUCACGCCUUUAAUUUAGAAAACCACAGCUACUAGGGAAGUCAAGUAGUCAUCUGUUGAGUGAUAUAUCUAAUUGUCGCACCAACCGACGCCUUCCAUUUGCAUUGGAGUCCUGUUAAACGAGCCAUUUAUUUCGGGAGAGUGUUGAGGAACAGAAGAAAAUCAUGUGUACUUUCAUGAACUUACUCCGCCCAUUGGUUCUAUCUUUUUAUUUAAGACGUUGGCUGUCCCACGGCAGAAUUCAGGGCUACAAUGUUGACAAGAUAACGUGUGCAGUGCGUGACCGAUCUCAUGAAAUGCUAGCCGAAAUUCUGAAAUGCGUUUCCGAUUAGGAAAUAUUACUUUGGUGGGGUUGUGAUACUGAUUAUCAUGCAGCAUAGUCCUAUAGCAUUUCGGACUCGCCAGGAUGUCGGCUUUCGAAGGCACUUCUUUUUGACCUCCGACAGAAACCACACUGGCUAAAAAGUUACUACUUAAGUGGUAUACAGUUUCAAAUUGAUUUUCGGUGGUCUUAUAAAUUCAAAUAUGUUUCGUUAAAAUCAUGGACAAAAAUUUUCUAAUUAUGAGAUUUUUAAGACCGUGCGGUAUCCAUGCAUGCAGGACCACACAAGUGCGUUUACCAAUGCUCCUCAUUAAAUGUACAAUACAGUCAGGAUCCAUUGCGAAAUUUUAUGAACUCUAGGUGCUAUCUUCUUAAAGGCAUGGAUAAAUAUAUGAUUUACUUUACCCGGAAAGCAUGUACCUUGUAGACUGAAAUCGCUAAACGCUAAUGCAAUGGUAGAUCAGGCUGAAUAUUAUUCGGGAAUUGGGAAACUCUGUAAAACCUUAAUAUACAUCUUCUUCGAGUAUAAAAUAUGAAGACAAUGUGAUUUUCCACCAAGCGAACAAAAGAAGGCAUUUCUUUGCGCAUGCUUUCUAUAAAAUAUAUUUGAACUUAUGACUAUCGAAAAUCAGUAGGAAAAAUGCAUGCUACUUAAGUACUCAUUUUUACCGACUGUGGUUUCUGCAAGAGGUCAAGAAGAAGUGCAUUCAAAAGCUGACAACUGGCUAGUCGGAAACGCUAUAGGAUCAUGCUGUAUGCUAAUCAGUAUCACAACUCCACCUAAGUAAUCCUUCCUGAUCGAAAACGCAUUCCAGAAUUUUGCCCAGCAUUUCAUGAGAUCGGUCACGCACUGUAUUCUGGACAGAACAGGAGACAUUUUCCUGGUGGAGAGUUUGCUAAAAAAUCCUGCAUAGGUUUGUAACCGGUGUUUCACGGCAGUGGGCUAAGCGAGCACUCCAGUGAACGCCAACGGCUGUAGUGACGUUCUACCCGCAGGGUCGCAAUGGCUAAUGAGGACGGCGGCGGACCCUUGAGAAGGGGAGAGAGACAGGGCGACAGCUGUGGCGCCGAUCGAUAAUUGCGUUUUGCGCUGGAGAGCAUAGACUGGCAUUGGCCUGGUUGUAAAUUCAAAUCGCUUGCAUGUGACCGAGUGCAGAGGAUGGAUUUUCUCUAGGUAAGACCGUUUAAGGAACCAGCAUCUUAAUUCAUGUCAUCGUCAGCUGUCGGAACAGACCUGCUUUGGUUCUGUGUUCUGUGUCAUUUGACACAUAACACAAAAAUAAGGCAAAUGCGUGAGGAGUGGGCAUUCAAAGGACAAUCGGGGCCGUUUCGGAGACGGUACCGAAUGAAAAAAACCUAACCGUUAAGGUAACUUUUAUCCAGUGGCCCUACUUUGCUAUACCGAAUAACUGAGCCACCUGCUUGGUUGAUCCAAAUCGCUCUAACCCGAAUCCACUGUAUGCAGCAUUCUUGGCGCACUGGACAAAUCUUCAUUUUUCGGGUUUUAAUCAGCUCAUGCAAACAAUCACCUUUUGUUGACCUGAAUUUACCUGUCCUCAAGGUUCUCUGAAUCUGUUUUGUAGACUAUGCAGAUAUCCGGUAAACGCGUUCGCUACAUCGGUCUUCCUAGUAAUCUGGACGUGCACGAGAAGCUUCGUAAAUACUUGGAGUCGGCGAAUCAGCCGGCAUUUGGUCAGCGUAAAUAUAGGAAAGACAAGUACGCCCACCUGCGUAAUCAACAAUUGUCAGGUUUGCCAGGACUCUCGCAUGACGUCAGCGAGGAUAAGGAGAACGAAGCCGUCCCAGAUCGACGUUCUCUCUAA